AUGGCGAUCGUCCACAUCGACGGAUGGACUUGCGCUGUCAAAACUGGCAAGUUCUCUGUCGGCGACCUCGUCCUGUUCUUCGAGAUUGACUGCUUCCUCCCGGCAUCCGACCCUCGUUUCAUGCCGCUCAGCAACUUCAGCACCUGGAACGGCACCAAAGGAUUCCACGUCAAGUCGAUCAUGAUGGGCAAGGAGAUCUCGCAAGGCCUCGUCUACCCCAUCAAGGAAUUCCCGGAAGUCACCAACGUACUCGAUGCCGUUAAGAAGACUGAGGGGGGAGAUGUUGCCGUCGAGAAGAUCAUGAAGAUGUCCUUCGAGGCUCCGCUUAAGGUACAGAAGUGGGAGCUCUCCGCCACCGAGUCGACACGAUCACUAGGAGCGCCCCCGGCGUUCAUCCCCAAGACCGACAUCGAGAGAGUGCAGAACUGCGGUAACCUAUAUACCGCGGAGUACAAGAACGUGGUCUUUCAGGAGUCGACCAAGAUGGAUGGCAUGGCCAUGACCGUCUACUUUGUACGAAGAGACUCACAGUGGUACAAAAGCGUGCCCCCUCUGCCAGCAGGAUCCAAAUCGGACAUGCCGCAAGGCCGCAUCGGAGUAUGCAGCCGGAAGCACGACCUACCCGAAAGCAGCGCCGAAGGAAGAUGGUGGGAGGUCGCACUGGCCAACGGCCUGCCGAAGAAACUGGCCAACAUCAACCGCAACGUGGCCGUCCAAGGGGAGCUGUGCGGCGAGAGCAUAGCGCGCAACCGCGAGGGCUUUGCGAAGGGCCAGCACGAGUUCUACGUCUAUCGCAUGUUCGACAUUGACGCGCAGAGCUUCGUCCCUCCCAAGGUCACGGAAGAACGCGCCGGCCUGCUCGGCCUACGUCAUGUCCCCGUCCAGGGAUACUUCAAGCUGCACGAGAUCGCCAAGAACCAGGAGGGUCUUCUGAAGCGGGCGGUUGGCACGGGGGUUCAUGGCAAGAACCGCGAGGGGCUGGUGUAUAAGAAUUGCACCGAUGGACGCUGCUUCAAGGUCAUCUCCAACACGUACCUUGUUGAGAACGGGGAGUGA